CAAAAAUUAACAAGAAACUAAAAUGAAUUUCAGCUGUGAAUACAGAUUUAAGAAGAGAGAACAAAUAGAAACAUUUUCGAAAAUGCGUAACCCGUGAUCAAUUCUUAGCUAAAGACUGAAAGUGAGGUUCACUGUUAUGUUGUCAAAUGUAUAGGUUUAAAUGGUAAUUGAUUCCACUGCCUUCAGAUCCUGUGGGAGGUUUUCCAGAGCCUGAGGCUGAAAGCUGGUCCUGGUUCUAGGAACUACUAAAUGAGUCACAGUCAUCAAGUCUCACCUACGUAUGAUUUCCAAUUACAAAUGAUCGUGAAACCUCCAAGUUGAAACGACCAACAAAUGAAGACAUCAAAAGGCUUCAGAAUUACAGGAAAAAUGAAAUAAAUGAAUCACCCUUGCAGCAAGAACAGAUGAAGGGCAUUCUCUUGAACAACUCUGUGAUUUUCCAACUGUGACCACUGCACAACAGUUAUGCAAAAUCACCUUCGGUCUGCUUGGUGAAGAAAACACUUGGAGGCCAAACAGACACCGGUGAGGAAAGGUAAGCUUUUACAGCAGGUUAACUCAAUCUUUGAAUUGGCUAUCUGAGUGGCUUAUUAUGAAAACCUUUGAUUGGAUCCUGUCUACAUUCACUUUGUUGGAGUUCUGAAAUGGCAAACCAACAUCUAGACUUUACAAGCAAAGUCGAGGAGGGCUGCCUAAAGGACAAAGAGACAGAAAAUCAAAGGGGAGAACAACACAAUGAGGCUCUUCUCCUUGCAAAUCCAUGGAAACCAUGGCAACGAUCCCGCUCCUUGGUCAAAGAGAGCCUGGUGUGGGUGAGGCGUGGCCUGGGCCUGCUGGGGGGAAUGGAGUGGUACUGCUUCGCUGCUCUGGGAGUCCUGGCAUCUUUCCUCAGUUUCCUCAUGGAUCUUAGUGUGGCCAAGCUGCUGCGAGCUCACCAGUGGCUGUAUGUGAAACUAGAAGGCCACAUGCUGCUUCAGUUUCUUUGCUGGACCCUGUACCCCGUCUCUCUGUGUGCUCUUUCCUCCUCCUUCACACACAACAUUUGCCCAUUUUCAGCAGGUUCUGGGGUUCCUGAGGUGCGAACAAUGCUGUCAGGUGUUGAGAUGCCUCAUUACUUGUCUGUGACCAACCUGUUUGUCAAGGUUGUGGGUCUCAUCUGUACCUUGGCAGCCGGUACUUCAGUGUUCCUGGGGAAAGUGGGACCGUUUGUUCAUCUAGCAACCAUGUUGGGAGCCUAUCUGAAUCGUCUAGCCACUCUCCUCAGUGGAAAAAAAGAGGAGAGACCAGAAAGGGCCAUGCUGGCAGUUGCUUCUGCAGUUGGGGUAGCUAGCUGCUUUGGGACUCCCAUUAGUGGUGUGCUGUUCAGUGUGGAGGUGAUGUCUUCUCACUUUCCCCUGAGGGACUACUGCCCGGGAUUCUUCGCCGCGGCUUGCGGAGCCGUGACCUUCCGCCUCCUCGCCGUGUGGAGCGGGGAGGGAGAUACUGUUCAGCCCUUGUUUAAAACCAGCUUCUCCGAUGACAAGCCGUUCUAUCCACUUGAGAUCCUGGCCUUUUCUACAGUGGGACUGCUGUGCGGAGCUGCCAGCUGUGUCUACCUCUUCUGCCAUCGCUCCGUCCUGCGCCUCGUCAAAACCAACAGAGUCCUCGCAAAGAUGUUGACGACAGAGAAAGCCCUUUACUCAGCCAUGCUGGUGUUCCUCCUGUCCUCCAUCACAUUCCCUCACUCUGCAGGACAAUACAUGGCUUCCAAGUACACUAUGAAGGAGCUCCUCUCUUCUUUACUGGACAGCAGGCGAUGGGACUCCAAAUCCCACAAUGCAUCACUGGAGCUGGGAUUAGAGUUGAGUCCUUGGUCAGAGUGGAGCCCUACAGGGAUUCCAGUCCAUGCUACUCUGGUGUGCUUUCUGGUGAUGAAGCUGUGGAUGCUUGUCUUGGCUUGCACCUUACCCAUCCCCGCUGGUUACUUCAUGCCUGUCUUCGUCUACGGUGCUGCCCUGGGACGUCUGGUUGGAGAAACGCUGGGUCAUGUCAUCUCAGAACAGGGUGGGAGUCCCAUCAACCCAGGCGGCUACGCUCUCGCUGUCAUGGGGGAAGCAAUGCAUAAAAGAUGCCUCGUUUGCUGUGCUGUGAGGGACUCAACACGCAGUAAAGUGCCUCUUUUCCCUGCCUCAGGUGCAGCGGCCAUGUCAGGAGCGGUCACUCACACGCUGUCGCCCGCUCUCGUGGCUCUGGAGAUGACGGGCCAGUCCUCCCACGCCGUCCCCGUCAUCCUGGCCACCCUCAUAUCCAACGCUCUGUCUCGCUCCGGGAAGAGGCCGUCUUUUUACGACGCCAUUUCCCUCUCCAAGAAGCUUCCGCACCUUCCAUCCUUACUCAGAGCCUGCCCCAAGAUUUCGUCUGUCUCCCUGGGACAGGUUCUGGGUCCUAGAUGGGCCAUGCUUCAGAGGGGUGCUGGGCCCAGGGAGGUUGAGCAGGUCCUCAACACUUACACAGACCCGGAGGUUGCCGUGGUGGAAUCAGUGGACUCACCGGUUCUCCUGGGGUCAGUGAAACAGUCAGACCUGCAGGUGUUCCUCUCCCACACCAAAGAUAACGUUUUGAAAUCACUGGAGGACGUCUGUUCCAUCAAAUCACCUUCUCUCCAGAUCUCAAAAGACACCACAGUUGUGGAGGCUCACGGCGUCAUGAGUGUGAUGUGUGCAGAGAUCUUGUAUGUGACUGAGAGAGGGAGGCUGGUUGGAGUCAUCACAUGGCUGGAGAUGAAAAGAAUAAUGGAAAACUUGGCUAAAGACAUCUAACGCAUCUGUGAGCCAAGGAGCCCGACCAAUAUCAACUGUAAUAAUGACACGUUAUUUCUACUUCGUCCUCAUUCUGAGAUGACAAGAUUGUUUCCUCCAGCCAGCAGUAAUUGGGCUUCAGGGCCAUGUGAUAAACAUCUAUUAGAGCUUCUUGAUGAAGCACUUCUUGUAAUUACGUAAACCUUUAGCCUGCCAUGGGUGUUGGAUUGGCUCAUUAAAUAAACCACAGACAUCACUCACAUCUCUCACGCAUUUCCUGAAGGGAAGAUAUUGUUUUAUGAAAUGUUUAAUAUUCAUCACAGAAAGUCCAGAUGUCAUAAAAAUAUGUUAGAUUAAAGGUCAGUGAUCUGAAAGCAGAUCUAAUACAAAGAAGAUCUGCUAUGCUGGACCGAUGACCUUUCUCAGUUGUCUUUGGCGAGGCGUGUGAGAGUGAAAUCAUUCACAGGGCUGCCAGAAUAAUGCUACACGGAACACAUACACAUUACCUAAGGUGCAUUGUCAUUUUGUAAACAAAAUGUCAUUAUCUAUAAUUGCUUGUCGUUUUCACCCAUCAGCACCAACGCCCUGACCGAUUUUCCCAACCUUUGAAAGAACAUGGCUAUUGUUUGAAGCCACUGUCUAGCUUUCUACCCUGUGUUAGUCUCGCUUCUAUUGUGUGUGAUUUUCCAACGUGAGCAGGACAGCCACCCUAUUUGUUGCUGUCAAUCUCCUAUUAAUAUUCCAAUUAGGAGAUUGUACCGUGGAAACACAUUUGUUUUCUGAAUGAGAUCAUAUUAUCCCUGUCAUUUCCUUUGUCCUCGUUAUCUUAUAGCCUCCACUUUGUCUCCAUUCAGUGCUAGUAAUAGGGUAACAAUAGGAAGCCUUCAUGUGACACAAAUGGUUCAGAUUGUGUAAACUUCUAUUAAAAGAACGUGGGGCAAGAUAGCACUAAUAUUCGCCACCCUUCUUUUAUCUCACUCUCUCAGGGCACCUUUUUUUUCUCUGUCUCUCUUUCUCUCUCUUUUCAUCUCUCUCCCUCAAACACACAAGGCUACACAUGCGCAGGCACACACACAAAAUCACUAUUUUCUUCACUCACUCUGGCGAACAAAAUAUCAGCAAACACGUACCUACAUCUCUGACUUUCCUGCAUCUCUACCCCUCUCCCUCUGCCCCCCUCU